UUAGCAUAUGCUCUGGACACGAUUCUAGGGCUUGUGACCCCCGUUUGUUUGUAGGUUCUCGCGCAUCGGCUCCAAUUCUCCCGGAUUUUGGAUCCGCCGCGCUUAGAUCCUGGCUCCCAGCUCGCGGGAAGUCGGCUCUACAUGCUGAACUCUGGGGUUUGGAUCGUUGUUGUGCGCCUGGUGCUCCAUUUCCUCGACACCUUGAUGCAAUGCCUGCCGAUUGUGGUAGCGCCGCCGCUAGCGUCCAGCGGGAGUGCCCUGUGCGCGGUCGUGCUGUGGCGGCCGUAGGGAGUGGUCUAGCUGUCGGGAGGAGGCGCUGCUACGAUGUGGCCGUGGAGGCGGCGGGAGAGAUUCUCGCUCGACGAGCUCAAAUUUCUCACUGAGCAAUUGCAAAGGAUCAGCUUUGUCAAUGACUUGAAUAAGGAUUCGGUGGUAGAGAUACUUAGAUCCAUGGCGGAGCUUAUGAUAUGGGGUGAUCAACGAGACGCUUCGAUUUUUGAGUACUUUAUGGAGAAGCAAGUAAUGGUUUUGUUUCUGCAAAUUCUCGAGCUUAGCAGCAACACCACGGCUGUUGUGGUCCAAUUACUACAGACUAUCAACAUCAUGGUUCAAAACAUUCGGAGUGACCAUGCCAUAUACUACAUAUUUAGCAAUGGGUACCUUAACCACUUUAUCACGUAUCCCUAUGACUUCCGGGACGAAGAACUGCUGGCCUACUACAUUUCUUUUCUAAGAACAACAAGCACAAAGCUUGAUCAGACCACAAUAUCGUUCUUCAUAACAACCGAAAAUGACAAUGUGGUGUCGUUCCCACUUUACACAGAAGGGAUCAAGUUCUUUCGGCAUGAAGAAAGUAUGGUGCGAAUAGCAGUACGAACCCUCACUUUGAACAUAUAUCAUGUGAAUGACGACAGCGUGAGAAAGUUUGUUUCAAGCGAUAAGGCCGUGGGAUACAUCGCCGACAUUGUGGGCUUCCUUAAAGAAAAGAGUUUUUCACUGCAUGCUUUGAUGGCCGAUGCCGAAAGGAAUCAUGAGCCACUUCAGAGUAAAUCAAGAUUAGAAGGAUGUAUAGCAGAGACGGAGGAGAUCCUUGAUUAUUGCAACGAUAUUGUCUCUGCUGGCAUCCCUGGUUUGGCUCGCGCAAUGACGGAUAACUUGAUGCAUGUUUUUGUGCUCCCGCUCUUGUGUUCACUUGCUUCAGAAAAUGCUCUCUCUGCGCUCUAUCUGCUUGCUCGUGUUUUGUGCCUCAUCAGACACAAACCGUUGGCAAAUGGUGUCGCUGCCGCCCUCGUUUGUGAAUCCUUUCUUGAUAGCUCGCUGCCGGAACAGGAACGUCGUCCCUUGAGUGCUUCAGGCCUGGCCCGGGAAAAUGGCGUCUCUUCUUUGUGUCCAAUGGAGCUGGUUCUGUCACAUGUUAUAUCUGAUAGCGACAGGGUUAUUGUGGCUUCCGUGACGUUUUUACUGGCUCUUCUUCACAAUGAAGUGGAUGAUGCAAUUUUGGAAGUACUUGGACUUCUUCCUCGUUUGAAACAACAUAAAAGACGCCUUUUGCAAGCUUUGAUGGGAAGCAAUUCAGACGAAGAGCUGUUUGGCGACGAGGAUACCCUUGACGUUUGCGACUAUUCCACAUUAGCGGUUGAAAGUGAGAAAACUGUUGAUGGAAAAAGGCUUCGUGGCACAAACUUCUGCAGAGCUACCAGAAACGAUAGAAAUGCCAAGUGUAACUCUUUCGUGCGUAUGCAAGAAGCGGUCGUGAAGAAGCUUCUGGAGCUAUUAUGCAGGCGUCCACCACCUUGCAUAGAAGCGUUAUGGCAAUGUGGUGCUUUGCUGCGGCAAAUAUUUCCUUACCAUCAGGAAAAUAGUGUCCACAGCUCGAGGAUUGCCAUGAUUCGUACUGCACGCAUAGAAGCUAAAGAGGCUGUUCUAAAAGAACUAGACGACUGCUGGUGUGAUGCUAUUCCGUUUGUUGUUGUUGAAGUCUGGCAAAAAUCUCGGAAAGCUCUGGAAGGCUCUUAUUAUCGAGAUGAUUCGACAACUCUACUUAUUCAAGCACAAAGGAAGAAUUUGGAUGGUCAAAACAGAUUCUCGUCUUCUGUAGUCGCCGAUAGGAUGCAGGAAGCUAUACAGGUUUUCGUGGCCCUGCACCAGCUACUUCAUCUUCUGAUUGGCGAGUCGGUCCCAGAAGCACUCCCUCUAGACAUGUCAUACAGCGGCGAAUAUGUAGCGAAAGUAGGCACCGAGGUGGAUUUAAGCUCCGUGGACGCGCUACCGUGCCGGAUUGCAUUCGAGAGAGGCAAAGAGCGCGACAUGUAUCUCGUACCAACAGUAAGUUUCACAGCGGGCUGGCUCGUUUUGGCCGACGGCGUCUCGCCCAAGGGAGUCAUUCGUGUCAUAGCUCCUUUGGCUGGCUGCCUGCCCGAGAUUGACGAGGAACACAAGCGGUGGCUCCAUCUAAGAAUCCGGCCACCGCAAUGGCCUCACCGCAAGCAAACCAAGCCCCCCAGUCGCACGAAACGAGUCGACGGGCGCUGGACUCUAGCUUUCGCGGAUCCACAGAGCUGCGAGAAAGCGCGCGACGCAGUGGUGGUGGCCAUGACCGCUCAGAAGAAUGCUGUGCUCGAGCUCCUCAAACCAUUGCUCGAAGAAGAAGACCAAGCUGUACCAAUAUAGUAUCAAGGAAGACAAAAAAAAAAUUUAGAGUCGCCAUCCACAUCUCUUUAAUUUUUUGUAUGAUACAUCUCACAUCUCACAUCUCACAUCUCACAUCUCAAAGUUAA